AUGGGCAGGCUCGCCCUCAAACAAACCCAUUAUUUGCUAAGUAACGAGGGGGGCUGAUGCAGAGCCCAUGCAGGGGGCUCCAGGAGACACUUCUUCCCUAGCAGGGAAAGGCACCUGAUGCUGGCACUAGGCAGCCUUGGGGCUGGGGCCUUGGCUUUAGCUCUUCUCUGCCUCCUAGCCAAGGAGCUCUGGGGGCCAGGCCGGGGGCCGGCGGGUGCAGGCGAGGAAGAAGAUGGGGACGAUGUCAUUGGGGAGGAGGGGCACGGGGCAGGGCGCUGCAGGCUCAUCUGCAAACCCUCGGCCCUGGCCCAGAGCCUGCUGAGGAGCCUGCAGCGGGGCGCUGCCCUGCAGAGCGGGCGCUGGCUGUGGAGGACCUGGCCUCAGCUCCAGACCAUGUUCCAGCUCCUCUUCCCCCCUGCCCACCAGCCGGAGCUGGCCCGGGAGCUCCUGCAGCUGGCUGAUGGGGGUCUGGUCGCCCUGGACUGGGUCCUGGGGCCCCGUGGUGCCGGCAAGCGGAGUAGAGCGACCACUGCCUUUGGCACCGCCCCGGUGCUGCUUGUCCUCCCCAAUGCCUCCGGCAAGGUCACCAGGGGCGUCCUGCACCUCUGCCUGCUGGCCUUGGAGCAGGGCUACAAGCCUGUCAUCUUCAACCGCAGGGGGCACAAUGGCAGCCCGCUUGCCAGCCUGAAGCUGCAGGCCUUCGGGGACCCAGGCGACCUCAAGGAGGCAGUGACAUACAUCCGUGCGCGGCAGCCAGGUUCCUCGCUCUGUGCUGUGAGUGAGGGCUCGGGCUCCGGCCUGCUCCUCUCCUACCUGGGGGAGUGCGGCUCCUCCAGCUACCUGGCUGCAGCAGCUUGCAUCUCGCCCGUGUUCAGGUGCCAGGAGUGGUUGGAGACCGGGUGCCCCUGGCUAUAUGAGUGGAGUCUGCUCCUGCACCAGAAACGAGGCCUCAGCAGGUAUGCCACCGCGCUGGCAGAGGUUGUGCAGACGGGCAGGCUGUUCAGGAGCCGCUCACUCCGGGAAUUCGAGGAAACCCUCUUCUGCCAGACCAAGAAGCACCCCAUCUCCUGGGAUGCUUACUGGGAUCGCAACGAGCCCCUCCGGGAUGCGGACGAGGCAGCCGUCCCGGUCCUGUGCAUCUGCGGCGCCGAUGACCCCGUCCGGGGACCUCCGGCCAGCACCCUCCCCAUGGAGCUCUUCCACAGCAGCCCCUACUUCUUCCUGCUGCUGACGCCGCACGGCGGGCACUGCGGCUUCCUGAGGGAGGGACCCUGCUCCUGGAGCCACAGGAUGACGCUGGAGUACUUCCUGGCUGUCGCCGAGUUCUUCCGGGCAGAGGAGAGGCUGAAGGGGCUGCACCGGUGCAGGAGGGGCGUCCUGCGGAAGAGAGAGGCCUCCUCCACCGCCUGCCACCUCCAGAUCUUCAGCUGGCAGAGGUCCUACACGAGGUAGCGCCAGGGAGGUGCUGCGACUAGCGCCUCUGCAUAGCGUCCCUGGGAGAGGCUGUCCAAGGGCCAUGCGGCAGCGCUGUAGUCACCCCCCGUUGCACAGCCUUCCCCAGCCCUCUUGCACGCUCACACCAGGAUGGCAGGCGCUGCACACAAAGGCCUUGCCGUCCCCUCCCCACAGGAGCAGACCGUCGAGAGCCCAUGGGGCUGACAUGACUGGUGUGUUCCCACCACAUUAGAAAUGGCCCAGGCUGUGCACGGCUAACUGAUCCUUCUGCCUAUGAAACUCCACUAGCACACACACUUCCCAGCAGCCAGCCUGAGCGUGCUGGGGUGGGAAAGCGCCCCCAGGUCAAAGCAAUCUCAUUGUGCCCCUGCCACGGGAGGGCGCCGUGCUGCUGAAGGAACAGCGUUUGGGGGAGAUGCAAAGCCCAAACCCUGAUCCUCGGGCACUCUCCUCCUCUCCUCACCUUUCAAAACCUGCAGCAGACGCUCCAUGUACUAAAAUUACUUUAUUACAGUUGAUUUUUUAACAUUUCCUUUGCUCUGUUACAAAGGAUACUUACAAACAAAAUAUUACAUACGACCUUAUUUUCUCUUCUCUUAUUUUCUGACAACUUGGUAACAGCUUUAAAUGCACAAUCUAUACAAUUAAUACAGGUUAUAUAUGAGCGCUAAUGUAUGUUGAACCAGAAGGAUACCAGAAUACUGACAAUAUACUGUACAAUAAGCCUUAUCAGUUAGUGAUUGUGGCAUUUUCUACCAAAAGGAAAAUGCACACCUGUAGACUCACCCAUCCCAGCUGGUGCAAAACAGAAACACCCUGUUUUAACCCUUGGUAAUCCAUCCCUGUAGGAAUUGGGCCUGGAAGUCUCAGGCCUCUGUUCAGUAUAAUGGCAUGCGGCAGCACCACCCACGAUAAAGUGAUGCCCGGCUCCUGGCCUUGCUUUGUUAAAGCCACGUUUACAUCUCCACUCCCGAUGCCCCAGAAUGAACGAGCCCUCUACUGGCCAAGGACAGAGGCUGGGGCCUUGGGAGAGUUCUUUGGUCACGACCUGAAAGUUGUUAGGGAAACAGUUGGGGGAGAGGGGGAGGAGGGGAGCAAACACAUUAAUUGGUGUCUGAGCAUCCCUCUCCCCACUCGCACGUUAGCAGGCACACAGCAAGGGGUGUAACAAUGACCCCACAGGUGGCAGUCGAAAUGAACAGUUAUUUUAACUCCCACUACCAUUGUGGGAACCUGGCUACCCACUGCAGUCCUCAAGCCAGCAGAGUUCCCACCGCAGGUCAUGGCAGCUGUGCCUGUGUCAGGGCUGUGGCGAGAACAUGAGGGACUUAGGGUAGCUCUGCAGCUAUCUAGUUAAAGCCAAGCUUUGUCUUUGUUUUGCAACCAAAGCCAGAUUUGUGCUGCUACAGGUGUGCACUUGCCCUCCUCCCCAUGCGUUACCUAGAACUGAUAAGGUGACAUUUUUAUUUUCUUUUAAAGCAACUGACAGUGAAGCAUUUUUAGACAACGGGCAAAAGACCAGGCAUUCACCUGGAAGCUGCAAAUGGAAAAUACACCCCCCCAGGUUCACCCAAAAAGUGUGGAGGAAGAAUAUCCAAGAAAGUAAAAAUGCCAGGUUCAAGUUAAAAUUUCUUUUAGUUUACACAAUACUUGUGCAACAACCAAACAGACGCAUGCUGGAAAUCAUGAAAACAAAAGAAAAAUUGAUAUACAAAUUUAAACAUAUAAAUAAGAUAUCUUGCUGACUGGGUAGAAGAAUAAAUCGUUCUGGGUUACAAAAAGAUUAUACAUUCAAGACGCUCCGAACCCAGUGGGAUAACUUAUGUUAAAUUUUGUUUAAUAAUUACGUUAGAAUUCUCAAGUUGUUUUUAAAGUCUUCACAAUACAAGCAA